AUGGUGGGGAAAUACUUGUUAAUUUCGCUAGUUCUGGUUGCACAUUUGGGCAUACGAUGUUGUGCUAAUGUAGACGCAAACCCCCUUAGCAGGAAUGUCAUUCCCAUUGAAAUACACCGUAUUGUGGCCGUCGGAGAUGUGCAUGGAGAUGCCGAGCGUUUUCGGCAAAUCCUUGAGAUGUCCGGCGUCAUUAGCCUACGUUCUAACAGUAGUAAACAAGUGGUGUGGAAGCCCAGAUGGGGGACUAAGGAAGGUAACUUCUUUAGGGAAUACGGCACACGAUUGCGGACAACCCUAAUACAAACUGGAGAUUUGAUUGAUAGAGGUGAGGAAGAUUUGGAGGUACUUGAGAUGGCUGUUUCGCUUUUUAAUGAGGUGCGCACGAACUACACUGAUGACAAAGUAGUUCUGCUUAUGGGAAAUCACGAGCUUCUAAAUCUUCAGGGUCACUUUCAUUAUGUCCAUUCAAAAUCUAUGGGUGGGUUUUUGACAAGGGCGUUGCGCAAGCGCGCGUUUGAACUCGACGGCACGUUCGGAGGAUUUAUUUUAGAAAAUUUCACAGUAGCGUAUGCUGUCGCCGAUACCUUAUUUGUUCAUGCUGGCAUUGACGAACAUGUUGUUUCCGAUGGAAUUGAGAGGCUAAACCGGGAAGCCAAGCAGGCGAUACGUACAAAAAAUUUUGGUCAUAUCCUUUUGGGUUCAACCGGUCCUUUGUGGUCCCGAAAGAUGUUCCUUGAUGCUUCAAAUGGUCGUUGUGCCGAUACAAAAAAAGCGCUCGCUUCACUGGGGGUAAAACGGGUGGUUGUGGGUCACACUCCCCAACGCUCAGGGAGAGUGGAAACUUUUUGUGGAGGCAGCGUGAUUGCUAUAGACGUGGGCAUGAGCCGUUGGAUGUACGGAAACAUCGCUGCCCUCGAGAUAACUGUGACUUCCUAUAGUUCUGGUGACGGUGUCGAGGAAGAGGUUGUGCUACAUGAGGUUCUUGCGUCUGACGCUCGACGAAACGGAACGCUGGAAGAUUUUUUAAAUGACACACUGUUUUUGGAAGAGCUACAACAUGCCGUCGAGGAGUACAACCAGCGUCAAACCACUAAGGGAAAGAACGAUGUUCUAGACGACUUGUGA